AUGAAAUAUCACUAAAAUAUUCAAUUUAUAUGUGUGGGAGAGUUUUCAUUUGAUAGAUAAAUAUAGCUUGACUGGCCUUAAAUUAUUAAAAAAGAAAACCUUUGCAAAAAGGCAUGGAUUUUUAUGCAAUUUUCAUAAUCAUUUAUUGAGUUGGUAUGUACUAAAUAAUUUAUUAUUGAUUGGCCAUCAUAAUUAAUAAUUAAAGAAAUCUGGAGAUCAAAAUAAAUUGGUUCUUUAAAAAGAGAUAUUUUAGUCAACGCUCAUCGUAAAACUUUAUAAAUUAUUAUGAGUAUGAACUUAAAAUAUAAAAUUAGAAAAGUAUUAGUUGGUAGUAAUUAAAUUUGGUAUCUUAGUUAUUAAGAUUAUAAAGAUAAAUCAUAAUUUGUUUCUGAUAAAUUAUGA